AUGGCACCAAGGCCGAUGUUUGCAGCAGUCGUUGCGACGCUCCUCCUCUGUUUACCCUGCUGGGCGCGAUACCACGACCAGCAAUACCUCGCAGCAGUGCCCUUCGACUUCCGCGACGCGGUGGGCGAGGACGCCGGUGAGUUCGCUACGGUCCUACUCGACGCUUUCUCUCCGGAUCCGGACUGGCGCUACAUCCACCAGUUUGAGGACGAAUACCCAGACUAUGCCUGGAACUGCAUGCGGAAGACCUUCAAACCCUUGCUGGAAGAUCCUGCAGCUAGCGGCUUGACGAUCCGGGUCAUCGCCGUGCCGGACGAGACUUCCGAGCGAGGGUCCCGCGUCGUGUCCCUUUCCGUGUGGCAGUUCAACAAGACUAGCGAGAGCACGCAAGCGCUCUGGCCUAUGGGCAUCGCCGCCUGGUCCGACAAGUGCGACUUGCAUCUCGACAUCAACAUGACAAGGUCGGACCAAUUUGUGGGCGAAAUGACCGCAGCACAGAAGAAGUACCUCGACGAUGUAUACCCUCGCCAAGUCUAUCUGGGCGGCCUGGCAACCCAUCCGAAAUGGGACGGGAAUGGCUUUGCAGCAACCCACCUGCACUGGGGCAUGGCGUUGGCUGACAAUAUGGGGCUGCCUACAACCUUGAUAGGAACUCCUGCUGGACAUCCACUGUACAAGUCGGUUGGAUUCCAAGACAUCCAUAAUAUAACCUUCGAACGAUUGGAUGGAAAGGGUAUCAUAUGGCAUGAGGUCAUGAAGUAUCCGGCAUGA